AUGGAGGGACUGGUCCCAGCACCGAAAAGCGAGGAUGCAGGCAUUUUUCAGAAGCUCUUCGGGCUUAUUGACUCUGGCGAUCAGGCUGCUGUGCUCGAAAGUCUCGACCAGCAGUUUGGAGGCGAUCCAAACGUUGCAGACGAAGCAGGCACAACGCCUCUGCUGGUCGCCGCAAAGGAGGGGAAAGUUGAAAUUGUUCAAGCCUUGAUGGAAAAGAAAGCGGAUUUGAUGAUGGCGGACGUGGAUGGCGACAACCCACUGAUGGUUGCAAUCGCUCAAGGGCACAUGGAAAUUGUAAACAACUUUAUGGCAGCAGACGAUCGAGGCAUGGACUUGGAUGCUUCCAACAAGAUCGGGCAGACUCCGCUCAUAAAGGCGGCCAAGAAGGCCAACAUUGAGUGUGUCAAGAUGCUGCUCGCUGCCAAGUGUAACCCAAAUGGCAAGACGAAAGACGGAAAGACUGCACUGAUCCAGGCAGUGGAGAUCAACAGCCUUGAGUCAGCCACGGAGUUGUUGAAAGCCGGUGCAGAUAUCUCCCUGGCUGAUGAUCUUGGUUUCACGGCUUUGUUUCCAGCAGCCUUCCGUUGCAACGUCCCAAUGUUGGAGCUGCUGCUGUCCUCCAAAGCCAAUGCUGCAGCAAAAGCCAAACCGGGAACUGCUCUCAUGAUGGCCGUGGAAGCGCCUUCCUUCAAGCCAGACGCCGUGAAGCUUCUUGUGGAGCAUGGCUGCCCCCUUGACGAAGUCUCCGCUGAUGGGGACACCGCGUUGAUGAAGGCCGUGGAGGAGAACAAUACGGAUGGCGUUGCAGCACUACUGGCAGCCAGGGCAGAUUCAACAAAAAAGAACCAGGAGGGGAAGACCGCGCUUGACUUGGCCAAAGAGAGAGGCCUGAAAGCUCUUGAGGAGCUGUUGGCAGGAGCUCCUUGA